CAUUCGAAUCGAAUCAGCCAGAGUUCGAGAAAGUGGAACUCCAAAAAUUAGAUUUGCCAAAUUCCAACACCAAAAUGUUCGAGCUGCAAUAUAUUACCACCCGGAUCCGCACACUUUUGCGCAAGACCUUCCACCUGCCCGGCAAUUAUGACACGUACUCCAUCUGGAGCUUUUGCCCGGUGACCAACUGGAACCAGCUUAAGCCCGUGCUCCAAUCCUGCAGCCUGUGCCGCGUCGAGUCAUUCCCCAUUGUCUUUUGGCUGGUGGUGCUCCUCAGUGUCUUCGGAGCGUGCUUCAAUUGCUAUGAGCUGAUGAAAGUGUGGUCAUGUCCCUGCAGCAAGUUGGACAUGUGGCGCCAGCGGCACUUCCAUAUCCUGAAACACUGGGCGCUGCGAAAGGCCCGACUUCUAAGCUUGGCCAUAAUCCUGAUCGCGUGGCUAAUGCUCAUUUACGGAAUCUUAACGAUCUCCCCCCACGCCAUGUCGCCGUGGAUCCUGUUGACCAGCUUCGUCCUAUCGAUGGAGUGCUUCCUGUGGUCCUUCGACGUGAUGACCGGCCGACUGCUGCUCGACCCGCAGACGCUGCUGUCACUGGUUUUGCAUGCGAUCUUCGUCGCGAUGGUGUGCUGCGUGAAGAGCGUGUUCGAGGUGGCGCUCGGCGAGCACGUCGAGCACUCGCUGCGGAUCAUUUGAGGACGGGACGCCGCCGAAUGUCAUCAUUAAGUAAAGGUGCAGGGCCGGCAUAAUUGCAUCUCAACCUGCAUUAAGCCCAAUUAGGUUGCCGGCGGCACGCACACCAUCUCGCCCUAAUCAGUGUUCGUGUUGCUCCUUACUUCUCCGUUGCCCCUAUAAAUACCCUAUCUACCCGGCAGAAAAAAAAAAGAAAAAAAAAUUCAUCGAAGUGUACUCACACCCUUAUAUGUUUUAUAGCUUCUCCUAAGUGUAACAUUCGAAAGAAAUCGAAAUUAUUAAACAACUUGAGCUUGAAGUCGA